UGUUUUCUUCAAACAGGAAAACAUGGCAGACUCUGAGGAAACCAGACUCAUCUCCAUCAGCACCCAGCUGAACGCGAUGGUCUCCGAGGGAAAGACGGACGACACGAUCACGAUCCUUCGCUCCCUGCGAGACGAAGACAUCUCCGUCAGGCUGCUGAAGGAGACACAGAUCGGACGGGCUGUAAACAACGUACGCCGGAACAGUAGUAACGAGGAAGUGAUCUCUCUGGCCAAGAAGAUAGUCAACAAAUGGAGAAGGUCUGCGGAAUCACAGUAUAGUUCUGUGGUUGCAGCUACUGGGGAACUGCCCUGUUCACAGAUGUCUCAAAUGACAGAAGAAACUCAGAUGUCUCAAACACAAGAUAGAGAGAUGGCAGGACUCCCGAAGACCAAGGUACAUCAUGAAAAAGAAAGAAGUCCAGGAGAGAAAGAAACAGAACUCACUCAAGAGUCACAGUCAGUUCUACAACCCUCAAUUACAGGAGCACUACCGUUAUUUCAAACUGAAGCUCCUGAUGAUGACAGAGGUACAGGUUUAGACUCUACUCAUGGCAAAAAUGAUGAAAAAGAACAAGAGCAGGAAAGUGACAGGGAAACAUCACACAAAGAAGGGCAAGACAAUCUUCUUUCGCAGCAGACUCAACAGUCAAACCACAGCGAUCGUCAAAAUCCUGAUGAAUUGUGUCAAAGUAACGCAGGAAACAACACGAGUACGACAAUUGGAAAUGUUGAGGGAAGCCAUGCAAACUCCAGCGAUGGUGAAAUGCAACUUGAACGUGGUUCAGAUUAUAGCAACUCACAGCAAACUCACCUGUUUUGUUGUAAUCCCAAUAAAGAAAGAAAGGACGGUCAGAACCUACAGGCAUCUGUGCCUGUGGAACAGGUGGCAGAAAACCCUGCUAGAACAGAUAAAGAUACAGAAGCAGGUUGUGCGGAUUGA